AUGGCCACUUCUUCAGGACGCCCUCCAUACGACAAGGUGAUACGCGAUAUUGCCCACUAUGUAUUUACCUACCAAGUAGAAGACGAACGAGUCCUACGGUGUGCCCGGACGGCUCUUCUUGACGCACUGGGAUGCGCAAUAGAGACCGUCGCCAAGAGCGCGGACUGCCGCAGGAUCAUCGGGCCCGUUAUCCCCGGUACGCAAGUCCCGAAUGGCUUCCAAUUGCCAGGGACAUCGUAUAGUCUGGACCCGCUGAAGGGCGCAUUUGACCUGGGAACGCUGAUCCGCUAUUUGGACCACAAUGAUGCACUCGCGGGGAAGGAUUGGGGGCAUCCCUCGGAUAACAUCGGUGCCCUGCUGCCCGUCAUGGAUUGGCUGUGCCGCGAGGAGGCUAGCGGCAGCCCUGCCCGGCGUGGCCCAGGGCCACCGCUGAUCCUGCGCACGCUGUUGGAGGCCAUCGUCAAGGCAUACGAGAUACAGGGAUGCAUGCUGCUGCAGAAUGCGUUCCAUGAAUUCGGGCUGGACCACGUUCUCCUGGUCAAGCUGGCAUCGGCAGCAGUCGUGCCGUGGCUGCUCGGAAUGAGCGAGACGGAGACGAUGGCGUGCAUCUCGCAUGUCUGGAUGGAUGCAGCCCCCUUACGCGUGUAUCGUUCGGGAUUGAAUACCAUCCCCCGAAAGGGCUGGGCCGCCGGGGACGCCUGCAUGAGGGCCGUGGAAUUCGCUCUCUUGGUGCGCUCAGGCCAGUCGGGCAGUCCUACGGUGCUGACCAUGCCAAGAUGGGGCUUCUACGCAAGCACAUGGAGAGGAAGCGGAGUGUUUGUGCUCCCCAUGCCCUAUUCAGACUGGGUCGUUCGGAACGUGUUCUACAAGGUGAUGCCGUUGGAGGGCCAUGGGAUCGCCCCCGUCGAAGCAGCUGUCAUCCAGAGCGGCCGCAUGCAAGACAGAGGACUUCACCACCCGGUGCAAGACAUCGAGAAAGUAGUCAUCCGCACGAACGCCGCGGCAAAGAUGAUAAUAGAUAAACCCGGUCCGUUGCACAACCAUGCCGACCGGGAUCACUGCAUGCAAUACGCCGUCGCCGUGAGUCUCCUCAAAGGCUCGGUGCCGGAGGCUGCGGACUUUGACGACGACAGCCCCUUUGCCAGCAGUCACGACGUCGAAACGCUAAGAGCAAGAAUGGAGAUCUACGCCGACGACCGGCUCACAGCAGACUAUCUGAGUCUCCAGAAAAAAUCGAUCCCCUCCGGUGUGACCGUCCAUCUCACUAAUGGGCAGAUCUUAGAAGAGGUUCUGGUGGAGUUUCCGUGCGGACAUGUCGAGAGGCCGGAAACCAUCGUCCAUGUAAAGGAGAAGUUCCGGCGGAAUCUCUCGCUGCUCUUUUCCGCCGAAGAAGCUGCUUUGAUUGAAGAUGCGGUGGAGAACAGGGACCAUCUUCCAGUCCGUGACUUUGUGGAUAUGUUGGCGCGGGAAUCGGACUUUACCUAG